GUAACCACCGUGUGGUAGCGGCUGGUAGUGCGCGAGCGCGGCCGAUCGCCGCGCGGCCUCUCGUGUGGCGGCCAGGCUGCUGCUGGUGGGGGUGAGAAACGUGCUCGUCACCCUCGAGGAGCGCCUGGAGAGACUCAGUAAGCGCCGCGAGUUCGCCGUGGCCGGAAACCCGUCGUGGCGUUUCCUUUCGACGAGCGUUUCGUCGCUUUCCACCCCCUGACGCGCCACUUUUCGACUCUGUCCGACUCCUCCAGCCGGAAUAUACUGUUCGAGUCGCCGCGAUACAUUGAGAAUUGACUGCCAUUUGCAACAAGGUUGAACGCCGAGAGAGUCGAGUCCCCCGAGUCCAUUCGUGUAAAGAAAUUUUCAACAAAGCCUUCGAGGAUUCCUCGGCGAUACACGUAAGAGGAUUUCGUUUCGGAUGGUGCGUAAAAGGAGAAGCAGCGGUGGCCAGGCUGACUGCUUUGUCGUUUGAGAUUGUCGGAAUUCGACACACGGUAAAAGCAAUUACGUUAAGAGGUGCACGGAGUCGGGGGCACACCGUGUCUCCAGAGAGGAUUCGGUUUCUCAUCCCUCGCUGUUUGCGGCGGGCUUGCAAAGGAUCGUGGGACAGCUUCUGGCUAGCUGACGUCAUCAAGAACAAACAACCAGAUCGAAGAUCCCCGCAGGAAGGGAGAUAUUAUAUAUCCGGGCUCUGAAAUACGAGGGACAAAGAGUCGUCUGGAAGUCGCCGUCCCGCAGAGGGGAAGAUCGGAAAAGACACACUGCGAUCCCUCUCAGGGAAACACGGACCUCUGGACGGACAGAAACGAGACGAAUCUCGAACCAGUGAAAUCUGGAUCCCUAUCAGUUCUUCGUUCGAUUCGAUCGCCAUUCGUAUUCGCCCAAAGUUUUCUUAAUUAAUCGUGAUUUUCAUUUCGAUCGUCAACUCGAUCGUCACUCGUUUCACAGCCGAGAUAUCCGCCUGAUCGUCGACACUCUUCUUUUUAUUUUAUUCGGAGAAAAUAGCACCGGUGAAUAAACUCCCACCGGAGUUCUCGUCCAAGAUGGUAACAAGUGUCAGGAUCGCGAUGAACAUUCGCCUGUCCCUGGUCGACUGAUCGCCAGAGACAGUUCGAGAAAGGGGCUUUCCCCACCGGCUAGAUUGAAAAACAAUGUCCGACAACAGCAAGUGAGGAUUCCUUUUUUGCGUGUCCCCCCUUUUUUCCGGUGAUCUCUAUUCGACGGGCGAAGAUGGGCCUGCUGCGACACUUGCUGCUCUGCCUGCUGGGCGUCAUCGUCAUAGUCAACGAAUCCGAGGCCAGUUGGGACGAAUGGUGGACCUACGAUGGAAUUUCUGGACCUUCGUUUUGGGGUCUUAUAAAUCCCCAGUGGUCUCUGUGCAGCAAAGGAAGGAGACAGAGCCCUAUCAACAUCGAGCCUGACAAGCUUCUCUUCGACCGCCACUUGAGACCGGUGGUGGUCGACAAACACAAGGUAAUUUAUCCAGUGUUCCUCAACGUCUGUUUCUUUUUCCUCCUCUCUUCUUUCUAUUCCUCGUCGCGGCACUUUAACUUUCGAAAGGAAGUGAAAAAGCCGACGCAGCAGCAAAAGAAGCCACAGUUCCCUCACUUAUUAAUAAUCGCGAUCAUCUUCCAAUCCGCUGCGACGACCAAAUAA